UCACCCACGAAAGCUCAUGCUCCAAAACGUCUGUUAGUCUAUAAGGUGCCACAGGAUUCUUUGCUGCUUUUAUAAAUUCUCAGGCUCUCAAACCCAGGUGGAGCAGCAGCACAGAAGUAGGGGUGUCACUGGGGUGAUAAGUCUGCUGUGAACAGCGUUAUUGAGGAAUAUGACUUUUCACGUGGCCACGCUCACUUCUGUGCUGCUGUUGGAGGGCUUCAGAGCUGGUCGCAUCGCCAGCAUGUACUCUGCCAUUAGAGCUGGGUGGCGAUAUAUGUGCUUGUGAGGGUGGGGGCGUAAUGACCAAAGACACAAAGAAGGUGGGGGGGAGGGUGGCUGAUGAAACGUAUUUGAGAACCACUGGUCUACGGUAUUAUGGUCACCACGUCUACAAAAUGAUAAAUAUUCUCCUGCUGAAUAUCAUAGGCACAUUUUAAUGGGACAAUCAGGGCUGGACUCAACCAUUGGUAUCAGCUAUUUUGGGUCCUGGCUGACAUGCCAGCCACCAUGUAAUAUGUUUCCCUUUGGUCUUUUGACAGGCCCACAGAGGUCUGUCACUGCCAAGUCCCUCUCCUAGGAGGGGAGGAGGAAGUCUACAGGUCUGCUGGGCUGUUCAGGCCUAGAGGGAAAUAUUCCGUUUUAAGGAGAAUGAAAGGUAUUUGGGAGGUGAUGGCCCAGAGCCCUGGCAGGUGACGGCCCGGUGAGGGCUGGACUCAACCAUUGGUAUCAGCUAUUUCUUUUUAGUCAUUCACAUGGAUUUUGGGUCCUGGCUGACAUACCAGCCACCAUGUGAAACGCUUCCCUGUGGCCUUUUGACAGGCACACACAGAUAUCUCACUGUCAAGUCCCUCUCCUAGGAGCCAGGAGGGGAGAUGAGGGGAGGAGGAAGUCUGCAGGGUGAUCUCCCACCUCCAUGCAGCCAGGGGCCAAUGCUUGCCACUGCCCUUCUGUAGCCUUCAAAUGCAUGUACUGACCAGGGCCAUCCACAAAGUGCACAGCUAUGUAGGGCACCAGCAAGUUUGGGGCACCAAAGCCCCUGCCCUUGCUUUGCCCCACCCCACCUCUUCCUUCCUGUGCUCCACCCCAGCUCCGCCCCUGAGGACUCUGCAGCAGGGCCUGGCCUACACUCACCGGUGGCAAGAAGUACAAAGACCCGGCUCCAGCCAUCCACCCGGCUGAGGAAUCGCGUCCAUGUUUCGGUCCAGAUAGGCCUGUCUUCCAGGACGCAGGGAAGGAAAUGUCUGUGAUGGAGCCACCUUGGAUGCCGGUGAGCUUUGAGGAGGUGGCUGUGUAUUUCACCCAGGGGCAGGGGUCUUUGCUGGACCCCACUCAGAGAGCCCUCUACAGGGAUGUCAUGCUGGAGAACUACGAGACGGUGACCUCACUGGGAUUCCCCCUUCCUAAACCUGAGCUGAUUGUCCGGCUGGAAAAAGGGGAAGAGCCGUGGGUGCCUGAUCUCCGGACCUGCAAGGAAAGAAGGCUUCCAAGAUGCACCCAUACAGCAGGUGCUGAGCGAGGGAGUAAGAAUGAGGAGGGGAAUCAUCAUGAGGAAGUUCCCAAGGAAGUGGAACCGCAUGUGACCUUUGUGGAAAGAGCUGAAGGGAAUUUUCCCCGGUGCUUGGAGCAGGCAGAAUCCUGGGGAAGUUGGCAGAGGUCAGAGAGGCUUCAGGGAAACGACCUAGGGAAGAAAGUGGAUGAAUCUAUUAAUGGUGCGGGAGGAGAGGAGGAUCCCAGAGCGCAGCAGACAAAUCCCAAGGAAGAGACACCUUGGCACUAUCUUCAGUGUGGGAAAGGAUUCAUUGUGAGCUCACAGCUUGUGACACAUCAGAGAAUCCAUACUGGAGAGAAACCCCUUCAGUGCUUGGACCAUGGGGAAAGCUUCAGUAAAGUCUCAGAUCUUAAUAACCAUGGGGGAAGCCACAGUGGAGAUAAAACCUCUGAAUCCCUCGAGUGCGGGAAAUCUUUCAUUUCGAAGACACAAAUAAUAAGACAUCAGGCAAUCCACGCAGGAGAGAGACUCCACAAGUGCUUGGAGUGUGGGAAAAGUUUCAUAAGAAAGUCAAACCUUAUUGUACAUCAGGCAAUCCACACAGGAGAGAGACCCCACAAGUGCUUGGAGUGUGGGAAAAGUUUCAUAAGAAAGCCAAACCUUGUUGUACAUCAGGCAAUCCACACAGGAGAGAGACCCCACAAGUGCUUGGAGUGUGGGAAAAAUUUCAUACAGAGGUCACACCUAGUUCAUCAUCAGGCAAUCCACACAGGAGAGAGACCCCACAAGUGCUUGGACUGUGGGAAACGUUACAUACAAAGGUCAGACCUUGUUAAACAUCAGGCAAUCCACACAGGAGAGAGACCCCACAAGUGCUUGGAGUGUGGGAAAAGUUUCAUAAGAAAGUCAACCCUUGUUGAACAUCAGGCAUUACACACAAGAUCAAAACCCCACAAGUGCUUUGACUGUGGGGAAAGUUUCAUACAGAGGUCACAUCUAGUUCGUCAUCAGGCAUUACAUGCAGGAGAGAGACCCUACAAGUGCUUUGAGUGUGGGAAAAGUUUCAUACAGAGGUCACACCUAGUUCAUCAUGAGGCAUUACACACAGGUGAGAGACCUCACAAGUGCUUGGAGUGUGGAAAAAGUUUCAUACAGAGGUCACACUUGGUUCGUCAUGAGGCAUUACACACAGGAGAGAGACCCCACAAGUGCUUGGAGUGUGGGAAAAGUUUCAUAAGAAAGUCAAACCUUGUUGAACAUCAGGCAAUCCACACAGGAUCGAAACCCCACAGGUGCUUCAACUGUGGGAAAAGUUACAUACACAGGUCACAUCUAGUUCGUCAUCAGGCAAUCCACACAGGAGAGGCUCCAGAUGUGCUUGGACUGCGGGAAAAGUUUCAUAUGGAGGUCUGACUUCAUUAAACAUGGAAGAAUCCACACAGGAUCUAAACUUCUGUGAUACAUGGCAAGAAAGGAUUAAGCAAGUUGCAUGUCAUUAACUUAGAAUCAACUUUUGGAGAGAGAUUUUAAAAGUUUGUCCACCUUAGAUAAGCUAGAGUUUGAAAUGUAAAUGUGUAUUUCUAAAGACUUGGAAGAAGAUGGCAAGUCAUGUCAGAAGUCAUGGC